GUGGCCCAUAUGAUUACUCUUUUGUUUCCCACAAUUGUUUCUUGAAUAUAUUCUGUUUGUUAUGGAUUCUUGACGCACUUCUUAUUUGAUAAAUGGAAAUUAUUGUUUUUACCCUCUUGUUGUGAGUUGUAAAUCUGUCCCAUAGUUGAAUUUUGGAUCUUGAAUUAUUUGAGCAGAUGGGUGAGACAGUUGAAUCUGAAGCUAGACUGGAAGUGUCAGUUUCAUUUGGUAGGUUUGAGAAUGAUUCACUUUCUUGGGAGAAAUGGUCGUCGUUUUCACCAAAUAAGUAUAUGGAGGAAGUUGAAAAUAUUUCAACACCAGGAUCAGUAGCUCAGAAGAAGGCCUAUUUUGAAGCACACUACAAAAAAAUUGCUGCUCGGAAGGCCGAACAGUUGGAGGAAAAUCCAACGGAACCUAUUAGUCAAAGCCCCGAUGAGUCAAUCAGAGAGGAUCACUUUGGAAACCUGACUUGUUUGGAUACUGAGUCGGGCGAAUCCAAUGAUGAUAAAUCUGGCGAAGUAGUUGAUAAUGUAAUCACUUUUGAUGAGGCAAGAGAUGAUGAUGCUGGACAGAUGGAAGAAAUUGAGCCCGAAACCUGUACGACUGAUUUGACAAGGAUAACCCCUUCUGGAUUGACAAAAGAGGAUGCCACUGUGACUGUAGAGGGUGGAAACUCGGGAGACCAGGAAGAUGAGGAAGAGUUGAAUGCUAAUGCAGUUAACACUGAAUUAAAUGAUAGAAAAGAACCUGUCUUGGUGAAGGAAGUGAUCCCUCAAAAGGAUUCUCAGGACAGUGCGAAACAGCCAUCAAAAAUGAAAGGCAGGGCAGAAAAAGCCAGUGUAAUUAAAAAGGAAAAUCCCAAAUUGAAUGCACGAAAUCAAGUUCAAAAGGUGAUUCCAACUAAAAAGGGAAGAAAUUUGGCUGGGACAAAGAAGAAUAUUGUAUCAUCUUCGGCCAAGUUGCCACAAGUUACUGCUCCUAGACUAUCAAAACUGACAUCGAUUUCCAUGCCUAUAUCUGCCUCCUGGCCCUUGAAAAAG